CCUUCUUUCUAAACGUCCCCCACCACCUCACCUACCAUUGAUUUAUUCGCACUUGGGUAUUCUUUACUGCCCCCCCUGAAAUGUCGGAAAGUAAAGAACAUCAAGCUCGGCGGCAUGCUAUCAAGGCCGUCGCGCAAACCAUCUCGAAUCGUCCGGAAAAUCGAUACCAGCACAAAGACUUGGAUCACCUCCCCAUUCAGAUCCUCCCCAUGCCCCUGUCCGCCGAGGGGGACCCAUUAUUCGACUCUGAAUAUUUCUGGCCCUACCAAAAGUCCCUCCCGAACCCUGAUGAGGAGAUAGAAUUUUCGCCCUCCAGCCCGAAGGAAGCCUUGGAUCCGAUGGACGAGGCACACAUCCUGAGCUACUAUUUCGGGCAUUAUAUCACCGAUGCCACACUUAUCCACAAGGUUGAUUGGCAACAUAAUCCUAGACAGCCCAUUGAGUUUCCAUGUUCCCUCUGCGAGCUUGAUAUUGAGAACCCCUUCGACUGGUGCGUGGGUGGUAUAACCGGUAUUCCGGGUGGGCCUCGGAUGAAAUGCUAUCUACUCGAGAGUGUGAACGCGGACGAUGAGCAGAUCACCCGUGGGGAGAUCCUAUGUAUGUGUCAAAUCAUGAUUACUUGCCUCCGUUCCAAAAAGUAUCGUGCCCAUCAAGUCAGUCCGGUGCUACUCAUUUCCUUCGUGGGUCCAAGACAUGCUCGCAUUCUCCUGGGCCAUCAUGAUGGCACCAACCUGGUGAUCCGUCAAUCGAAACGCUUUGCAUUCUGGGAACAGAACAUCCCCGACUGGAAGAUCUUGCUUCGAUGGUGGUGCUCGUCUGCGGUCGGGGAUACCAUUAACGGGUAGCGGAGGCUUAGUACUCCCGUGAUCCUUCUCUCAUCGAAGUUGUUAUCUCUGUUUUAUAUUAGUUCACGCAUGAUCUGGUCGGUGUUUAUUGGUCUGGUUUGGUUAUACCCAAGGAAUGUGGCGGGUUUGUGGCGUUUAAUGGAUAGGAAGAAUUUUUGGUCGUCUUUCGAAUACAAUAAGGACAACGUACAUCUUAUGUCUCUCACGAUGGAUUGGAGUUGGGGAGUACUGGGAAGGCCAUGGCUUUAGAAGAUAGUCCCUUUAUUAUCUGUCAAUAGUGUUGUGUUAACACUAUCAUCUUACUUCUUCUAAAUACAACAAUCUAGCUUAUCUAAUCCAGACGCUUCAAAAUUACCUUGAUAGCCUGAGCCUAAAAGAGUGGCCGUUCUCCCACUCCAAUUGCAACUUAACCGAAGACAUGAUGAUGUUCCAGAAAUGAGA